GGUUACUCAUCAGUCUGCCCCUGCUGGACACCAAGCUCCAUGGGGAUCCAAGGAUGGAGGUUACUCUCCAGCACCGGGUGGCCCUGUACAAGACACUGGAGAUAUAGAAAUUAAGACAACGUGGUCCCUGUCCUCAGAGAGCUCAGCCGGGAGCAGAAGACAGCCAGCCUUUGUCUCACCUGCUAAAGAGAGCGGCCUGCUUCCUUCCUCUCUGCCCUUACGCCAUCUCUCACCACAGUGAUAGGCUACAGAGGGGCUUGGAAUAGAGGUAUGUGGAGAAUGGAGGGGUUAGAGCUUCCCACAGGGGUGGAUGGGCAAAGGGAUACAGGAGGUGGGAAUCCCAGGUGUUCUUGAUCUUGGCUUUCCCCACCUUUCUGGGCCUGGGCCAGUCUAGCAUUUCAGCUUCCUAUACACCCGCCCCCUUGUUUGCCGCACUCAACUUCCUGUCCCACCAGAGGAAGUGGGCAGCAUAGCAGGUGCAGCAACAGCUAGCGGAGCCAUGGACAAGGAGUAUGUGGGUUUCGCCGCCCUCCCCAAUCAGCUGCACCGCAAGUCUGUCAAGAAGGGGUUUGACUUUACACUUAUGGUGGCAGGGGAGUCAGGCCUGGGGAAAUCCACCCUCAUCAACAGCCUGUUCCUCACCAACCUCUAUGAGGAUCGGCAGGUGCCAGAGGCCAGUGCUCGCUUGACACAAACGCUGACCAUUGAGCGCCGGGGCGUGGAGAUCGAGGAGGGGGGUAUCAAGGUGAAGCUCACCCUGGUGGACACACCUGGCUUUGGGGACUCAGUGGACUGCUCGGACUGCUGGCUGCCCGUGGUGCGCUUCAUCGAGGAGCAAUUUGAGCAGUACCUUAGGGAUGAGAGUGGCCUGAACCGGAAGAACAUCCAGGAUUCCCGAGUCCACUGCUGCCUCUACUUCAUCUCACCCUUCGGCCGGGGGCUCCGGCCCCUAGAUGUGGCCUUCCUCCGGGCAGUACAUGAGAAAGUCAACAUCAUCCCGGUCAUCGGCAAAGCAGAUGCCCUGAUGCCUAAGGAAACUCAGGCCCUCAAGCAGAAGAUCCGGGACCAGUUGAGAGAGGAGGAGAUCAACAUCUACCAGUUCCCGGAAUGUGACUCUGAUGAAGAUGAAGACUUCAAGAGGCAGGAUGCGCAGAUGAAGGAAAGCAUCCCUUUUGCAGUCGUCGGUUCCUGCGAGGUGGUGAGGGACGGCGGGAACCGACCGAUGAGGGGACGCCGCUACUCCUGGGGUACUGUGGAGGUGGAGAACCCACAUCACUGCGAUUUUCUGAAUCUGCGACGAAUGCUGGUGCAGACACACCUGCAGGACUUGAAAGAGGUGACGCAUGAUGUGCUCUACGAGGGCUACCGGGCCCGCUGUCUACAGAGCCUGGCCAGGCCUGGGGCUCGUGAUCGAGCCAGCCGCAGUAAGCUUUCCCGCCAGAGCGCCACGGAGAUCCCGCUGUCCAUGCUGCCUCUGGCCGAGACGGAGAAGCUGAUCCGUGAGAAAGACGAAGAGCUGCGCCGCAUGCAAGAGAUGCUGGAGAAGAUGCAGGCCCAGAUGCAGCAGAGCCAGGCUCCGGGCGAGCAGUCGGACGCCCUCUGAGGCCCGGCCCCGCCUCUCCUCGGUCCGUCCCGGGUCCAGUCCCCGCGCCCCAGCCGCCGGCCGCCCUGGCCCGGGUCCGUGCGGGCCUCGCCGCCGCGCGCUUCUACCCGUCUACCCGUGCCCGAGCUGUAGCCUCCGGCCCGCCCGCCCUCCGCCCACUUCACGCCUGGCCGCUCCUCUCCGGGUCGCCCCUCUAAACCCCAGCUCUGUCUUCAAUAAAAACCGAGCUUCCCUGAG